CCGCCGCCCGUGCAAGCCCCGCCCCCGCACCCUUACAAAUGCACCAUGUGUAAUUACUCCACCACGACUCUGAAAGGGCUACGGGUCCAUCAGCAGCACAAACACUCGUUCUGCGACAACUUGCCAAAAUUCGAGGGGCAGCCCUCAAGCCUGCCGUUGGAGAGUGAGACGGACAGCCACCCCUCUUCCAGCAACACUGUGAAGAAAAGUCAGACCUCAAUUCUUGGGUUGUCCUCCAAGAACAAUUUUAUAGCCAAGGCCUCCAGGAAGCUCGCUAACGACUUUCCCCUAGAUUUAUCGCCCGUGAAGAAGAGAACGAGGAUCGACGAGAUAGCAAGCAACCUGCAGAGCAAAAUCAACCAAACAAAACAGCAGGAGGACGCGGUGAUCAAUGUGGAGGACGACGAGGAAGAAGAGGAAGACAACGAAGUGGAGAUAGAGGUUGAGUUGGACAGGGAGGAAGAGCCGACGGAGCCGGUCAUGGAGGUGUCCACGUCCUUCUCGGCCCAACAGAUUUGGGCGAGAGACGCCGGGGAGCCCCAGAAGGAGCCCAGCUUCAGAAGCGUCGCCCACGACUACAAUGCCACCAACGGGGCUGAGAUUGAGCUCACCCUUUCUGAAGACGAAGAGGACUAUUACGGCUCCUCGACAAACCUGAAAGAUCACCAGGUUUCCAGUACCGCUCUGCUGAACACCCAGACUCCCAUCUAUGGAACAGAGCACAAUAACGAGAACACAGACUUUGGUGACUCCGGAAGGCUUUACUAUUGCAAACACUGUGACUUUAACAACAAAUCUGCCCGGAGUGUCAGCACCCACUACCAGCGGAUGCACCCAUACAUCAAGUUCAGCUUUAGGUACAUCUUGGACCCCAACGAUCACAGUGCCGUAUACAGGUGCCUGGAAUGCUACAUCGACUACACCAACUUUGAAGACCUGCAGCAGCAUUACGGUGAACACCACCCGGAAGCCAUGAACGUACUCAACUUUGACCAUUCGGACCUGAUCUACCGGUGUCGGUUUUGUUCCUACACGAGCCCGAACGUCCGAAGCCUGAUGCCACAUUACCAAAGAAUGCAUCCCACGGUCAAGAUUAACAACGCAAUGAUAUUCUCCAGCUAUGUCGUGGAGCAGCAGGAAGGGCUGAAUACGGAAUCCCAGACACUGAGGGAGAUUCUGAAUUCGGCCCCCAAGAGCAUGGCGACUUCCACUCCCGUGGCUCGCGGGGGCAGUCUGCCAGCUACGUUUAAUAAAAACACUCCUUCGAAGACCUUUACUCCAGAAUGUGAAAAUCAGAAGGACCCCUCGGUUAACACCGUUGUCGUUUACGAUUGUGACGUUUGCUCGUUCGCAAGCCCCAACAUGCAUUCUGUCUUGGUUCAUUAUCAGAAGAAACACCCGGAAGAAAAGGCUUCCUACUUUAGGAUCCAGAAAACCAUGCGAAUGGUGUCUGUGGACAGGGGCUCUGCCCUUUCUCAAUUAUCAUUUGAGGUGGGUGCUCCAAUGUCUCCCAAAAUGUCCAACAUGGGUUCCCCACCCCCCCCACAACCCCCGCCACCAGACCUCAGUACUGAGCUUUACUACUGCAAACACUGUUCCUACAGCAAUCGGUCAGUUGUGGGAGUGCUUGUCCACUACCAGAAAAGACACCCAGAAAUAAAGGUCACUGCCAAAUAUAUCAGACAGGCUCCUCCCACAGCUGCAAUGAUGAGAGGGUCCGAGGGGCCCCAAGGCUCCCCUCGGCCACCCGCCCCCAUGCAGCAGCUGAACCGUGGCAGCUCUGAGCGAGACGGCCCUCCUGUGGAGAACGAGAUGUUCUUUUGCCAGCACUGUGAUUACGGGAACCGGACGGUCAAAGGUGUCCUCAUUCACUAUCAGAAGAAGCACCGGGACUUCAAGGCCAAUGCAGAUGUGAUCCGGCAGCACACGGCCACCAUCCGAAGCCUCUGUGACCGGAACCAGAGGAAGCCUGCGGGCUGUGUGCUCGUCGCCCCCUCCAGCGUGGAGCGGGACAAAGCUACACUGCGAGCGCUCAAGUGUAGGCAGUGCUCGUAUACCUCCCCCUACUUCUAUGCACUGAGGAAGCAUAUCAAGAAAGACCACCCUGCCCUGAAGGCCACGGUCACGUCCAUCAUGCGGUGGGCGUUUCUCGAUGGCUUGAUAGAAGCUGGCUACCACUGCGAGUGGUGCAUCUACUCCCACACAGAGCCCAACGGUCUGCUCCUGCAUUACCAAAGGAGGCACCCGGAGCAUUACGUCGACUACACUUACAUGGCCACCAAACUCUGGGCUGGGCCAGACCCGUCCCCUCCCUCUCUGGCGAUGCCCGCGGAAGCGAAGACGUACAGAUGCAGAGACUGUGUCUUUGAAGCCGUGUCCAUCUGGGACAUCACCAAUCACUACCAGGCCUUCCACCCCUGGGCCAUGAACGGUGAUGAGUCGGUGCUGCUGGAUAUCAUCAAGGAGAAAGACGCCGUUGAGAAUCCCCUCCCCCCCUCCGCCGAAGAGCUGGUGGGUCCUGGGCACCGUGAAAACAGUUUGCCCCCGCCGCUCCCCGAGCAGGACGCCGAGUGCCCGGACGACGCGAGGCUUUCCCCAGAGAAAAGCAUGCAGCUGGCUUCGGCCAACCCGGCCAUAUCGUCCACCCCCUACCAGUGCACCGUGUGCCAGUCUGAGUAUAACAACCUGCACGGCCUCCUCACGCACUACGGGAAGAAGCACCCCGGCAUGAAGGUGAAGGCGGCCGACUUCGCCCAGGACAUCGACAUUAACCCAGGCGCCGUCUACAAAUGUCGGCAUUGCCCAUACAUCAACACCCGCAUCCACGGCGUCCUGACCCACUACCAGAAGCGACACCCGGCCAUCAAGGUGACCGCCGAGGACUUUGUGCACGACGUGGAGCAGCCGGCUGACAUGGCGCAGAACGACGUGGAGGAGACGAGCAGGAUCUUCAAGCAAGGCUACGGCGCCUACCGUUGCAAACUGUGUCCGUACACGCACGGCACUCUGGAGAAGCUCAAAAUCCACUACGAGAAGUAUCACAAUCAGCCCGAGUUCGAUGUCUUUUCCCCGUCGCCCCCGAAGCUGCCGGUCUCCCUCGAGCCCGAGGUGACCACGGACGGGAGCCCCUCCCAGGUCUCCGUUACCGAGGAGGAGGUGGGAGAGGAGCCCGUGUCCACGUCUCACUUCUCUGCCUCGCACCUGGUCUCCCACACGGUAUUCCGGUGCCAGCUGUGCAAAUACUUCUGCUCCACGCGGAAGGGCAUCGCCAGGCACUACCGCAUCAAGCACAACAACGUGCGCGCCCAGCCGGAGGGCAAGAACAACCUCUUCAAGUGCGCCCUGUGCGCCUACACCAACCCCAUCCGCAAAGGGCUGGCGGCCCACUACCAGAAGCGCCACGACAUUGACGCGUACUACACACACUGCCUGGCCGCCUCCCGGACCAUCAGCGACAAGCCCAACAAGGUGAUCAUCCCGUCCCCGCCCAAGGACGACUCCCCGCAGCUCAGCGAGGAGCUCCGGCGGGCCGUCGAGAAGAAGAAGUGCUCGCUGUGCUCCUUCCAGUCCUUCAGCAAGAAGGGCAUCGUGUCCCACUACAUGAAGCGCCACCCGGGGGUGUUCCCGAAGAAGCAGCACGCCAGCAAGCUGGGCGGCUACUUCACGGCCGUCUACGCGGACGAGCACGAGAAGCCAGUGCUGAUGGAAGAGGAGGAGAGAGGCAGCUUCGAGAAAGCCGCCGAGGUGGAGGGAAGCGAAGCCCCGGAGAUGGAGUGGCUCCCGUUCCGCUGCAUCAAGUGCUUCAAGCUGUCCUUCAGCACGGCCGAGCUGCUGUGCAUGCACUACACUGACCACCACAGCCGGGACCUGAAGAGGGACUUCGUCAUCCUGGGCGGCGGCCCCCGCUUGCCGAACCCCGCCUACCAGUGUAAGCACUGUGAUAGCAAACUGCAAAGCACGGCGGAGCUGACCUCACACUUGAACAUUCACAAUGAGGAAUUCCAGAAGCGUGCCAAACGUCAGGAGAGGAGGAAACAGCUUUUGAGCAAGCAGAAAUAUGCAGAUGGUGCUUUUGCAGAUUUCAAACAAGAGAGGCCUUUUGGUCACUUAGAAGAGGUGCCAAAGAUCAAGGAGAGGAAGGUGGUGGGCUACAAGUGUAAAUUCUGUGUGGAAGUGCACCCGACGCUCCGAGCCAUCUGCAACCACCUCCGAAAGCACGUCCAGUACGGCAGCGUCCCGGCGGUGUCCGCCGCCGUGAAGGGGCUGCGUUCUCAUGAGAGGAGCCAUCUGGCCCUGGCCAUGUUUACCCGCGAGGACAAGUACGGCUGCCAGUAUUGCUCCUUUGUUUCUGCUUUCAGGCACAACUUGGAUCGCCAUAUGCAAACCCACCAUGGACACCAUAAACCAUUCCGGUGCAAACUCUGCUCCUUCAAGUCCUCCUAUAACAGCCGGCUGAAAACACAUAUACUCAAGGCUCACGCUGGUUGUGCAACUUGCCACUACCCAACCAGGUUCAUGCAGCCAGGCUUGCAUUAA